CUCGAUGGGCCGACAUCCUCUUGGUGUGAGCCGAGUUGAGUUGCAGGAAGUUAUUUUAAGGGGCUUGCCUGUCACAGUUGUUGUCUCAGUCACCAGAGUCCUGUUGGACCCAUUUCACUUCUCUCUCCCCGCUGGACCUGCCACAUCUGUGAAAAUGGAGACCAAUGUCCAGUCUGCUGCAGAGGUCAUUCCAGCCCAGACCAGGGUGACUCCACCACAGUCCCCAGUCACCACAGAGACCCAGGUCCCUCCACCCCAGGCCCAGGAGGCCCAGCACAUGGACCCCAUGGAGGAGUUUGGUCGUCAGCUGGAGGAGAUCAUCAGCACCUAUGGCUCCGCAGCCAGCCUGAUGGAGAAACAGUGCAUCGUCCUGGAAACGGAGGAGGUGGACGAGGAGGCCAGCAGAGAGCAAGGUGAUGAAGUCACAGCCACCAAGGAUGCCAGCACGGACAAGGAUACAAAGAAGUUGCAGAAAGCUUUAGGAAAGGAGGGCACGCUACUAAUGCAAAGUUUGAACAAGCUGCACACACCACAGGAGAAAUUGGAUGCUCUCCUCAAGAAGUAUGCCGAACUGCUGGAGGAGCGUCGUGGGGAACAGAAGCAGCUGAGGUUCAUGCAGAAGAAGCAGGGCCACGUGGGGAAGGAGAGGGACCAGCUCCAGUACGAGCACAGCAGAGCCAUCCUGGCCCGCAGCAAACUGGAGGGCCUCUGCAGGGAGCUCCAGAGGCACAACAAGACCCUCAAGGAGGAGACCCUAGCUCGUUGUUGUGAGGACGAGGAGAAGCGCAGGGAGAUCACCACUCACUUCCAGAGCACACUGACAGACAUCCAGGCUCAGAUCGAGCAGCACAGUAACCGCAACAACAAGCUGUGUUUGGAGAACGCCAACCUAGCAGACAAACUCAAACACAUCAUCAGCCAGUACGAGCAGAGAGAGGAGAGCUUGGAGAAGAUCUUCAAGCACCACGACCUGCAGCAGAAACUGUCUGAUGCCAAACUGGAGCAAGCCCACGCACAGCUGCAGGAGGCUGAUGAGAAGCACAAGAGAGAGAAGGAAUACUUACUGGUACACGCAGCUGAGUGGAAACUACAAGCUAAACUUCUGAGAGAGCAGGAGACAGUCAUGCAGGCUCAGCUUGUUCUGUACUCCCAGAAGUUUGAAGAGUUCCAGACUACGUUGUCUAAGAGCAACGAUGUGUAUGCCAGCUUCAAAAAUGAAAUGGAGAAGAUGACAAAGAAGAUGAAGAAACUAGACAAAGAGUCAACUGUUUGGAAGACCAGAUUUGAGAGCACUAACAAGGCUCUCUCUGAGAUGAUUGAAGAGAGGACUCUGAAGGAGAAUGAGUAUGAGAUGUUCGUUGUGAAGAUUGACAAGCUGGAGAGGCUCUGCCGAGCACUCCAGGAUGAGAGGAAGAUUCUGUAUUCCAAGAUCAAAGGCAUCCGUCAAACCCCUAAUGCCCCCGAGGGGACACCCAAGGACGAGACACAGGAGCAGGCCCCUGAACCAGUCCACAGCCUCAUGGAUAUUGUUGAGGAGCCAGAGAUGACAGAGGAGAUGGCCCGUCUGAGAGCUGAGCAGAACAGGCUGGCGGAGUUCGCCGCCUCUCUACUGUCCCCGUCAACAGGAGACAAUGAUGACGAUGACUCUGACAGCGAGGAAGAGCCAGAGUCUACAGAACCGGCUGAGACCCAGAACAUCUCUGAACCAACACAGGCCUCAGCACAAGUACAGGUAGAGGCACCAGCAAAGGCAGAGGAACCAGCACAUGCAAAGGCACCAGCUCCAUCACAGAUAGAAGCACCAGCACAGGCUCUCUCACAGGUAGAAGAACCAGGAAAGGCUCCCUCACAGGUAGAAGCACCAGCACAGGCUCCCUCACAGGUAGAAGAACCAGCACAGGCUCCCUCACAGGUAGAAGCACCAGCACAGGCUCCCUCACAGGUAGAAGCACCAGCACAGGCUCCCUCACAGGUAGAAGCACCAGCACAGGCUCCAGCACAAGUAGAGGCACCAGCACAGGCUCCCUCACAGGUAGAAGCACUAGCUCAGGCUCUCUCACAGGUAGAAGCACCAGCACAGGCUCCCUCACAGGUAGAAGCACUAGCACAGGCUCUCUCACAGGUAGAAAAACCAGCACAGGCUCCCUCACUGGUAGAAGAACCAGUACAGGCUCCCUCACAGGUAGAAGCACCAGUACAGGCUCCCUCACCGGUAGAAGAACCAGCACAGGUUCCAGCUCAAGUAGAAGCACCAGUCCAGCCAGAGCCCCCAAAACAGCCAGAGCCCUCUGCCAAAAAGCAGACACCAAAGAAGAAGAAUGCAAGGAAGACCAGCUGAACCGACAAAUGUGUCAUUGUGUGAUCGUUAGGACUGUAGUCCCUGUGCCUGGUGUUAUAGUUGAGAUAUCUAAUCCAGCUUGGUUUGUCUAUAUACUGGUGUAUCCAAAGUCUAUCCAAAGUCAUGGCGUGCAGUAGAAGUUUGUUUAAAUUGUAUAUCAGAUGACGACAGAGAUUUACUGUUUUUUACCAUUUAGAAAUACACUGGCAUAACCAAAGAAUGGGCAGCAAGGUUAUUCAGGACAUUGCAGCCUAAAAACCUUUCAAUGCCAAAUGUGGUUUGCAAAACAGCAUCAUAAAAGCCACUGUCUUUUUUUCCAUCUGAACCCUAUAAUGUAACUUCAAUAAAUAUCUGAUUGAAAUUUA